AUGAAACCGGAUAACAAGUUUCCUUUCAAAAUUCAAGAUGUCAAACCGGAAGAAAACAAAAUGUUAUUAGAAUAUUUUAAAGGGGAGUUCGACGGAUUCGUCCGAGUGGGCCCCAAAGGCUAUUUCUUUCCACAAAAAUAUCGUCAAGAAGCGGCUAACAUCUACAACAUGCAGAUAAGACCGUCCGACGUAUUUGUCACCAGUUAUCCACGCUCAGGUACAACAUGGACCCAAGAAUUAGUGUGGAUGGUAGCGAACGACUUAGAUUAUGAAAAAUCGAACGCUGUACCCCUCAUCGAACGCUACCCAUUUCUUGAAUAUUCAGUCACCGUUCAUCCGAAAAACAUGGAGAAAUUCAGACAAGAGAACAGUUACAGUGAAAAAAAACUCGGACUUUUAGAAUUUGUCUGUCAGCCAGGAACCGAGCAGUUGGCCGAAAUUCCGUCACCUCGUUUUAUCAAGUCGCAUUUGCCAUUGUCACUCCUGCCGAUGACGUUACUUGACACUGCUAAAGUGGUAUAUGUAGCACGAGACCCCAGAGAUGUCGCAGUUUCCUUCUACCAUCUCAACAGGCUAAUUCGGACGCAAGGCUAUAUUGGCGAUUUCAAAACAUAUUGGAGGUUUUUCAUGGAAGAUUUGCAUCACUAUACACCCUACUUCGAGCAUGUCAAAGAAGCAUGGGAAAAAAAGGACCAUCCAAAUAUGUUGUUCCUGUUUUAUGAAGAACUUUCUACGAAUUUAGCAGCGACAGUGCGACGCGUAGCUAAAUUUUUCGGUAAGGAGUUCUCGGACGAACUAAUAGAACGCCUGUGCGAUCAUCUCAGCAUCGACAACUUUAGGAACAACAAAUCUGUGAACUACGAUGCAAUGAAAGAGCUUCGCAUUCUUCAAACGGGAGAACAAGGAUUUAUCAGAAAAGGCAAGGCAGGAGGUUGGGGCGACUACUUCGAUGAAGAGAUGAUGGAACAGGCGGAACGUUGGAUCACAGAUAAUCUGCAAGACACAGACUUGCGCUUUCUGCAAUAA